AUGGAUCACACCGCCCGGCUAUCCAACGAACCAGAUUUUGUGCUCCAGACGGUCACCCCAACAAUCCCGUUGGUCUUGACGACGACUCUUUCAGAAACCCUUCUCGACAAGAAAAUGACGACCGAUCCUACGAAGUCGUCUCCGCCCGUUGAAGCAACUGCGAAUCAACUCGAGAACCCACAGAACGAGGGAGAGCAGCAGACUACGGCCCACAUGCAAGGAUGGGCUCUUGCUUCUCUGACCAUUGCCUUCAUGGCUAUUUGCUUCGUUCUGGCACUGGAUAAUACUAUCUUGGCGACCGCGAUACCUCAGAUCACAAGCGACUUCCACAGCCUAAACGAUAUCGGCUGGUAUGGAUCCUCUUAUCUGAUAGCUCAAAUGGCAAUGUUACCGACCUGCGGCCGACUUUAUGCGUUUUACAACAUAAAAUGGGUGUACUGCACGUCCCUUGUCGUCUUCGAACUCGCCUCGGUCAUCUCAGCCGUCGCGCCAAAUUCAAUAACCCUCAUAGUGGGAAGAGCCAUUUCUGGCGUAGGCGCUGCCGGGCUGGUGAGUGGGACUACCACUAUACUGUCUUACUGCGUCCCCUUGAAGAAGCAGGCAAAGUUGUCACCGGUUAUCUUGGGUCUGUACAGCACCGGAUCGGCGAUAGGGCCGCUUGUUGGUGGCGCCAUAACUGAUAGCAAGACUCUUACAUGGCGAUUCAUCUUUUGGCUCAACCUCCCCUUUGGAGCUGUCGGACUAGCUCUGAUAUGGUUCAGCUUGAGGAACCCUCCACCUGCUGUCAAGGAAGGAUUGCCGUGGCAGGAUAAGUUACGCCAACUCGACAUGCUCGGCGCUCUUAUACUUCUUGGUGCAACAUCAUGUCUGAACCUGGCUUUACAGUGGGGAGGAAUUGUUCAUCCGUGGUCAGACCCGAAAGUCUUUGGCUGCCUCAUCGGAUUCGGCUUGCUGCUGCUUUGUUUCGUGGGUUUGCAAGCUCGGGGCAAAGAGACCGCCACUGUUCCUCUCCGUAUAUUGCGGGGCCGAACCGUCGUGGCAUCAUGUGGGUUCAUGAUGCUCGUACAAGUGGCCAUCGUGCUCAACUCAUACUACUGGCCAAUCUAUUUCCAUCUUGGCACAAUCUGUGCUGGAUGGAUUUCGUCGCGGUUUGGACACUAUGUUCCUUUAAUGUGGAUUGGUGCCCCAAUUCAGGCUAUCGGAGGCGGCCUCUACCAGCUUAUAAAUCCUCACAGUCCACGCGGUCAAUGGAUCGGAACCCAAAUCGCAUCCGGAGUCGGUUACGGCAUGUGUAGCCAAAUGCCAAUCCUUGCUGUUCAGGUGGUCCUCAAGAAGGCAGAUAUGUCAACGGGCCUCGUGAUCAUUAUGUUCUUCCAGAUGCUGGGCGGGGCUUUGGCUCCUAGUAUCGGGCAGAAUCUAUUCACAGAUGCAUUACUACCGCGUCUUACUCGGGUUGAUGGAAUCGAUGCUGCGGCUGUGGUGGAAGUUGGUGCAGGGGAAUUCAGGAAGAUUGUUCCCCCGCAGGUCCUGGAUGCUGUCGUUGAGGCGUUCAAUUCUGCCUUGAAGAACGUUUUUUUGGGUUGCUCUUGCUACCCCAGCCCUAGCUUGGUUGCCGAAGAAUUCAGUCUAGACUCGGGAUAUGUGUCUGAAAGCCCCGUUGGCAAGUUGGGUACCCUGAGGAUGAUCCAUAACGAUGAAUCCCCACCAUUGACGGCCGCAGUAGGGGUACUUUUUGAGGAUGGAUUUGUAAGACGAAACCCAUCCGCCCCAGCCACCUAUCACCCAAGCCAAGAAUGCAAAUCUAUCGUGAAUAGCCAGUCAGAAGGGUACUGCGUCAUGGGAGCCAAAGAUCCUGGUUACACGAUGGAGGACCCGGAUAAUGUGUGGAUGAAUUACACGGUGAACGAUGACUCUGUGGAGGUUUGUUUUGUCAGUCCAAGGAAGGGUGCGGAAAGAUUUCAGGCUGCCUUGGAUCGCGCAUCAGACAUCAUCGUAAUCAUGAUGUUCUUGUACAAAAUGAACCAUGAUGUAAUAAUGUGCAAGAUGUUUGAUACUGAGAUGCUUAGCCCUAAGAGACAAUGCUAUUGGCGCCGCAACCCCACUGCCGCCGACAGAGUCAUUUAG